GUGGGAAGGAAAGGAUAAGAAUGAAGUGGGCCGAUGCAAAGAAACAGGCAAGAUUCAUGUGACAGUUAAUCAUAAAUACUACAGGCCUACGGAAGUAGAUUUUCUACAAGGCGAUUCUACGAAAGCGAAGCAGAAACUCAACUGGAAACCUAGUGUCACUUUUGAUGAGCUGGUGAAUGAGAUGGUGAAAGCAGAUGUGGAACUCAUGAGGAAUAACCCAAAUGCAUGAAUCUGCCCCUCUUUCUCUACUUGCUCCAUCAUUUUUAACCGAAGCUCCGGGGAUGAAGCCUAAUGAUGAAUCAUCCAGAAGACAUUGUUGGUGGGGCUGGAGAUGCUAAGCUUCAAUGGUGUUAGAUGAUUUGUGACUGGCAUUUUCUUUCCUUCUGCUUUCCGCCAUGGAUCCCUUCUUUUCUCUUCUUAUUUUUCCAAAUUAGAAUCUUGCAUCCUACUUUUACAUUCCUUUCUGAAGGGGAGUUUGAAGCAGAGAGGAUCGUUUCCAGUGCAUAAUCAAAACUGAGCUUGUUCAUUUCAGAACAUUUUCUUUUGAUAUUAAAAAAUAUAUAUAUUUCCAUA